UCCGUGCCCGCCGCUCGUGAAUUGUACAUUGCUUAUUUAGAUAGCGGCGUUUGCUAAUAUUACCAACUGUCCAAUUUCCCAAGCGUGCCCUCCACUACUAUUUCGAUUCUAUUGGCGUUCCCGAACAGCCUCCUGACUCCAUAAAGUUCAGUACAUGAGGUUUUGAUGCGCUCGGUGAGGUGAGGGCGGCGUGGGACCUAUUUCCACCUUGGGAUCACCUCUUGUUGAGGCCAUACCGGCAUGGGUUUCUCUGAAGCUCGAGCCUACCGGGCAUUUGGUGCCCGGUCGACGUGGCUCACAGUCUUCCUCGCGCUGGCGAACUCACUCGCUGUCAGCGCGAAAUGUGCGGCUGAUUAUUUUGUUGAUUCACUUCCAGGCCGGCCUGAUAGCCCACAGGUGCAAAUGCAUGCUGGCCACAUCGAAAUAAACCAUAAAACUAGCGCAAACCUCUUCUUCUGGCAUGUUGCCAACCAGCACAUUGCUGAUAAACCGCGAACCGUAAUAUGGCUGAACGGUGGACCUGGCUGCAGUUCCGAAGACGGAGCGCUGAUGGAAAUUGGUCCCUACAGGGUUACGAAUGAUCAUAUGCUAAAUUAUACCGAUGGCUCUUGGGACGAAUUUGCCAAUUUGCUAUUUGUAGAUCAGCCGGUGGGCACAGGUUUUAGUUAUGUUAGCACGGGGGCCUAUGUCAGUGAGCUCGGUGAGAUGGCCUCGCAGUUCGUAACUUUCUUAGAAAAAUGGUUUGAGCUGUUCCCCCAUUACGAGAAAAAUGAUCUUUAUUUCGCCGGAGAAUCAUAUGCAGGACAAUACAUUCCUUAUAUCGCCCGCGCAAUUCUCGAUCGGAAUAAGAAGGGAGAAUCGCUGACACGAUGGAAACUCAAAGGGCUCCUCAUUGGCAAUGGCUGGAUAUCACCUCGUCACCAGUAUCUAUCUUACCUACCCUACGCUUAUCAGGAAGGAAUAAUCCAAGGUGGCACCGAUGCAUCAAGCCGCGUUGAGGCGAAAUUAUCAAAAUGCUUGAAGAAAUUGAACGUCGAAGACAGCACGGGGACUGUGCAGAUUUCCGCCUAA